UUCAUGGCUUUUGUGUAUUAUAAGGUUAUACAGACCAGUCAUGGUGUCAUUAUGGAUAUAAAACUCCCAGCAUGCCAGCUCCUGUGCCAUUUAGAAGGCUGCAGGUUCAGCUGUAUAUGUAUCUCCAUUGUAGGAAACAUUUACCAGAUCAGCUUGAAAUGGCACUUGUUUAAAGGAGGAGCAGUCCUAGACAUAGCUGCCAUUAUAUAAAGGGCACAGACAUUGGCAGUGCCAGCCUUCAUUUCACACUUGUAAUAUAAAGGGGCAGUCAUAGGGUGCUUAGGAGCAGUGCCAGCUUUCCCAAUUGGUAUUGGCAGAGCCAUCAUAUUCUCUGCUUACUCCCAGAAGACUUUCCAGAGUCGAUGCCAGUCUUUCCUAGACAAAACUGUUGUUAAACUGCACCUCACAGACUUCAUAGACCCUGAGGGUUACACUUCCCUGUUGGUACGAGCGCCGGCCCGGGUGCCUCUCGGCAGAGUUUCACUUCCUGGUAAGGUUAACCCUUCCGUGCCCAGUGCAUUCCAGACGCAGUCACUAAACAGCCAUGCCGCAGGAACGUGACUUGUCACUCCCCAUUGUAAGUUGUGACUUCAAUCGUUUCCAGAGAAUGACGACCAGGAAGCGUGAGACUAGUUAAUUGUGUGUAAUGCCGGCUGCUGAGCAAUGCCACGGUACAACUAACUGGGCAUGAAUGUUGCCAGACCAGUUCCGAUUGCCCUUCCGUUAGCCGUGUGUGUGGUGAGCUGCUUUCCUUACAGGUAUCUCAUUGUCCCUCUGCAGUGCUACAUGGGGUUUCAGUGUGCGAUAAACCUUUCAUUUUUCUUUUCUUUUUCCUUUAAACUCUUUGCAUUCUCACCCAUCUCACUGUCUGUUUUAUCCUCCCGUCCAGUCCUUUUCUCCCCUCCCCAACCUUCCUAAUUUCAGUCCCUCCUCUAUUCCAAUCCCUCCUUCAUCUCCUCUCCCCUUAUCUGCCCUGUUCUGUUUAGUUUUCUAGCAUCUUAUUCUCUCUCUCUCUCUUCUCUGUCUCAUGCCCACUGCUUUCUCUGGGCACUGCCAGCUUGGCUGCCCCCGGAUCUAGCCCGGGAUAAGUUGAGCGAUUGGCACGCAUGGGGAGUUCAGCGUCCUCCCUUGCGGCGGAGCGUGAGACAAGCCAUGGUUUCAAUGGCACUGCGUUGCCCGGGCUCAGAGUGCUGGGAUGGCACAGAAGUGGGGCCCCUGAAUCUAUAUGGCAGGGAGCAGUCAUCCCUUGGUACAGGACACUCAGGCUUCCAGACCCCAUGGCUGCCUCCUUCCCCUACAAAGAGUGGUCAUGUUGCCGUUGCACUUUCCUGAAUCCUGCUGGGCAGCAGCACUGCUCCAUCUGUGAAGCUCCACGCCAGCAGCCAGAUCUUAACCACAUCUUGCGGCUCAGCACGGAGCAGCGUUGGUCCUGCAGCCGGUGCACCUAUUCCAACUUAACGGCCACCAGUCCUUCACCUCCUCCAAGUAGCUGUCAGCUUUGUGGUUUCCUGACCCCAUCACCAGUUCCUAAUGGACUCCCUGGGAUACCCCAUGCCGAAACUGGAUCCUCAGAGCAGGAGCCAGAGCCGAGUGAUGCAACUGCUUCUAUUCUCUCCUUUGCAGGGGAUUCUGGUUGGAGUUGCCCUCGAUGCACCUUGCACAACACCCCAGUGUCCAUCUCUUGCUCUGCGUGUGGAGGACCACGCAAACUUUCCUUGCCCAAAAUUCCUCCAGAGGCUCUAGUGGUCCCAGAGAUUGUCCCACCUCCUGCUGCUUUCCAAUGCUCCGAAGAGCCAGGCACUGCUCCUCUCCGUGAGCAAGACUCUUCCCGUCCUCUCCCUUCACUGCCUCUUUCCCCUGGCCCACAUAAUGCCCCUGUUCCUAGGAGCAGGAGGGAAGUGGCACCCGAUAACCCACUCUCACCUUCCUCUUCUGCUCCCAUUCGCCUUCCUAAACGCCUGAGUGUUUUAGAAGAGGAGAUGCCCACAGCUGAACAGGCACCCACUCCUACAGAACCUUACAGCCAAGAUUCUAGAUGGACAUGUGGAAAAUGCACUCUGCGUAACCUACCAACUGCCAGCCAAUGCCGGGCCUGUGGGUCAGUACGGGGGAACGACGGUGAAACUGGCACGGGCGAAGCGGAUGUUCUCCCUUCACCCUCUAGCACAGGACUGUUGCCAGUUACAGCACCCCGUCAGACUCAGUGGGGCUGCCCUGCCUGCACCCUAUUGAAUGAUAAUGGAGUCACGCACUGCGCUGCCUGUCACACGCCCCAGCGAUACGUAACAAAGCACCAUAUAAAAACACGGGUGCUGCGGCGGAGGGAAAGUGUCCGAGCAGAGACACGGAGACAGACUGAUGAAGGAGAAGCGAAGGAGCUCUGGGAGAACAUUGUCAGCUUCUGCCGGGAUUUCUCCUCUUACCUGUCCCCAUCCCAGAACAAAGUGAAUUUUGUGGAUGACAGCUUCCCCCCCGGCCCUCGCUCUGUAGGCUUCCCGGAAUCAGACAGCGUCCAGCAGCGGGUCAAGCAGUGGCUUCGGCCGCAAGAGAUCAACUGCAGCUCCUUCAAAGAGCGCGGCGUCAAGUGGACUGUCUUUCGCACGCCUCGACCGUCGGACAUCCUUCAAGGGCUUCUGGGAAACUGCUGGUUCCUGAGUGCCCUGGCAGUGCUGGCGGAGAGACCAGAGCUGGUGGAGCGGGUAAUGAUCACAAGGACAAUUUGCCCUGAGGGGGCCUAUCAAGUGCGGCUGUGCAAAGACGGAACGUGGACCACAGUGCUGGUGGAUGAUAUGCUGCCCUGUGAUGAGGCUGGAUAUCUGCUCUUCUCCCAAGCUCAGAGAAAGCAGCUGUGGGUGGCACUAAUCGAGAAGGCCCUGGCAAAGCUCCAUGGCUCCUACUUUGCACUGCAGGCUGGUCGUGCCAUAGAGGGACUGGCUACCCUGACGGGAGCUCCCUGUGAGAGCCUCAUGCUGCAAGUUAGUUCCACGAAUCCACGGGAGGAAAAUGUAGACACUGAUCUGAUCUGGGCCAAAAUGCUGAGCUCUAAAGAGGCAGGGUUCCUAAUGGGAGCAUCCUGUGGCGGAGGGAACAUGAAAGUGGAUGAUAUUGCCUAUGAAAAUGUGGGACUUAGACCUCGACAUGCCUACUCCAUACUAGAUGUUCGAGACGUUCAAGGAUUCCGGCUUCUCCGGUUACGCAACCCAUGGGGUCGCUUCUCCUGGAAUGGAAGUUGGUCAGACGAGUGGUCUCAGUGGCCAGCAUCACUAAAGCAUGAACUGAUGCCCCACGGAAGCAGCGAGGGAGUCUUCUGGAUGGAGUACAAUGACUUUAUCCGGUAUUUUGACUCGGUGGACAUCUGUAAGAUCCACACGGACUGGCAUGAAGUAAGAGUCCAGGGCACCUUUCCCAACAAGGCUUCUGUUCCGGUCACAGUCACUUCCCUGACGGUAGUGGAGCGCACAGCCAUGGAGUUCUCUCUUUUCCAGGAAGGCAGCAGACGUUCCGAUACUGUGGACAGCCACCUUCUGGACCUCUGCAUUAUGGUUUUUCGGGCAUCCCACGGUGGGGCAGGGAAGGUGAUGUUGGGCCGACUCAUGGCGCACAGCAAAAGGGCCGUGAAGAAGUUUGUGGGAUGUGAUGUUAUGCUGGAGCCAGGGGAGUAUGCAGUUGUGUGCUGUGCCUUCAACCACUGGCAGACUCUCAUGGCAUCCGCUUCCUCCCCAGCUCAGGCCUCCAGCCCCACAGGUAGCAGUAACAACCGUCGUGCAACCUCAGACCCUCUAGGAUACAUUCUGGCUAUUUACAGUUCCCGGCUUGUUAUGGUGGAACAGAUGGAAGCGCAGCCGACAACACUUGCUGAUGCCAUUAUCCUGCUGACAGAAGAUAAGGGUGAAAGGCACGAGGGUCGCGAAGGGAUGACUUGCUACUACCUGACUCAUGGAUGGGCUGGACUAAUUGUGGUGGUGGAGAAUCGGCACCCUAAAUCCUAUCUGCACAUCCAGUGUGACUGCACAGACAGCUUCAAUGUUGUGUCCACACGAGGGUGCCUCAAAACCAGCGACAGUGUCCCACCGCUGCACAGGCAAGUGCUGGUCAUCUUGUCUCAGCUGGAGGGGAAUGCUGGCUUCUCCAUCACACAUCGCCUGGCUCACCGCAAAGCCAAUCAGGCAUUUCUCAAUGACUGGAUGUCCAGCAAAGGCACCCACAGCCCCCCGCUGUCUCCUGAGGUGUCUGGCCUCCACGGCCCCCGCCCUCUCUGACGCCCAGCCUGGGCACUGAGGUGCUCUGUACAGGGUCGGCAGGAGCACUUUACAGACUUAAACCCUUCCCAAAUGAUGACACUUGAAAUCUACUCAGGACUCUCUUCCUGUGUAUACAGGGACCCUGUCAUUUCCCUCCUAAUCCUGUUGAUGCACACUCUAAACUUGCUGUUCCACACUCUAAACUUGCUGUUCCACAACACACACUCACACAGCUGUCGAGGAGCUUGGUACACACACCUCUAGUCCUACAACUUUUUUUUCCCACUCCCUUUUCUUGGGGUGCAACAAUACAUAAAGCUAACUAUGCUGAAGUUUCCAUAAGGGGGUAUAACACUGUAGUGAUAGUGGGGGUAUGUUUCAAAGGGUGAACAGACAGAAAGGUGAUCUCCAUUCAAGUCUAUGGGCUAUAUUUAUCAAAGAGUGAAAUCCCAUUCAUUUCUAUGGGAUUUUUAAAGGCAUAUUUAUCAAAGGGUGAAAGUGCCAUUAACCUUAGCAUUUCCCUCUGUCUCUUUACUGCUUGUUGGUAACAAUCCACGUAUUGCUCUAAUAAUAAUCAGGGUGGGACUGGCCUACCAGUGAACCAGAGUAUAUCCUGGUGGGCCAUAAGCCAGUCCGUAUGUUCCUAUAUAUAAAAAAAACUAUUCCCAUUUGGCACUAUAUUUAAUCUAAUGCUGUGAGACUGGGUCUAGGGUUUCAGGUUCUCUGGUGGGCAUCAGUCCAACACUGUUGGGCUCCAGAUUUUUAUCUGCUUUUAUGAAAUUGCAUAUUUUAGUAGUUUAACCAAAUAUGAGCCAAACUUCCUUGGCUCCCCCCUUUAAAUGAUGAAAUGACUGAAGGACCCUAUCCCAGGAGAAUGGCUUUCAUAUUUUAGCUACGUGCUUUGUGAGCUGUGAUGCUAUAGGAUGAGCAGAUAUACAAUGGCUGGGUGUUGUUCUGUACAGGUCACUGGCCUCCAGCACAUUAAAAGGGGAUUGUUGGAAGCUUAGGGUUGGAGUACUAAUUACUCUAUUAAUUCUAAAAUAUAUAUUACUAUUGACAAAAUGAUUCCUAUUGUUUAGGGAGGAAUGUAGCCAUUUUAACUCUGUUUGCCUGCAAACUCAACGCCUUAAAGCACUGGAUGCAUUUGUUUGUACAUUGCUUACAAGAUGUCAGAUAUAUAUAUAUAUAUAUAUAUAUAUAUAUAUAUAUAUAUAUAUAUAUAUAUAUAUAUAUAUAUAUAUAUACACAUUGCUGUCCCCGACAUAAUAGAACUUACACAUUGCAUGUGCUGUAUGGGAGACAGGGGAGAACCUUUCAUGUGCACCACUCACUUCCUGAGCACUUCCUUUACAGGGAGCUGCUGGCAAGUGCUCAGGAAAGUGCAGAGAGAAAUGCUGUCCCCCUGCUGCUGAGAAGUAGAAUAUGCCUUUUGUUCCACCAUAAGAAACUAUUUGAAUUUGGGGAUUUUACCAAAAACUAUAGGGUAGUUAAAGGAAUUUGUUUUUGAUGAAUGUCGUGACUGCUGCCAGCGGCACAUGAUGGGUUUGGAUCAGAAGCAGAUAAACUGUCGGUUUCACUAGAAGCCCAAACAUGUCUAGCAGCUACUGCCAAGCCCUGUCUGAGGGUUUUAUAGCGAAACAUCAGAACUCCCAGCGACAACCUAUCAAGUCAUGGGAAAUACACACUGUAUAGUUUGUCAUCAGUUUUUGGUGUAGCAACACAGAAUAUGGCUUAUGAUCCUUUAACCUUGUGUCCUCGGAUGUUGCUGGACUGCAACUCCCAGCAUUCAUUAAUGUACAAUCGAGUGCUCGGAGGACAUCUGGGCCCCGGGUUAAGAAACUGUUUCCUUUUGAUCAGCAUAUUCCAUUUGCACACGUGAAAGCGGCACUUUGCCUUUAUUGCUCCCCAGGCUACACGGAUUCCCAAGCCUUUAAAGGGCAAGUAGAAUUAGGCUUAUUGCCUUAAACGAGCAGCAUACUCCUCAUGCAAUGAUGCCGGAGGGUAUUUGCAUCCGUCUCUCAUGUACUUGCUUCAUCUGUUCUCAAUUUGUACAAUGUUAUUCUAUUGGCCAGUUCACAUGGGGAUGAAUCUGCUGGCUGCAAUGUACUCUUAACACUCAGUCUGACUGAUCUAUGCAUUCAUUUACCUGAUCCUAUAUAAUAGAUAUAUAUUUUUUUCAUUUUA